AAAUUUAAUAUUCACAUUCCUGUUGUAAUAGAAAUAACUUCCAUACACCUCAAAAACAUAUGGGAAGAAGGAAGGAAAGAUAAGAAAAGAAAUUCCCCAUCCUCUACUAUGUUUUUCUUCUAUCAGCAAAAACAGAGAGGAAACAAACAUCAAUGCAUAAGGCAGACAACAGGAAUAUCAGGAAAUUAAAAUUCCUUUAAGGCAAUGCUCUGCCCACCAUCAAUAUCAAAAAAUGACAAAAUAAAGAAUAGUUUUCAAUGAACACAUCCAAAACUGACUUCUUUAUUGAAGGUUUCCAAGGGACAGAAAAAACAAGAUCCUGAAGCCUGACACUGAUCAAACAGGGAUCAGUAUCAAAAUCAAAACACUCUCCACCACAGGAAAAAUAUCUCCGCUGUUUGUGUCACCCAGCACAGCCCCCUUAACCAACAUUCAAAUAGUCAAGAGUGACACUGGCCCCAGGUAAGGGGAUACCCAGCACAUUUACAUCCCUGCACCUGCCCUGCUGCCCAGAGCAGCAGCACCAAAUCCCCUCCAGCAACAGCAGCAGCAGCUCUAUAAAGCUCUUCUUGCCAUCCCUGACACUCCACCAACAGCAGCCACAGACCUGCCUCAGGCUCUGCUGCCACAGCACCCUUGGCCAGCACAGCUCUGCUCCUCAGCUCACACCAUGGAAGCUUGUCACCCUCCAUAGCAAUCCAAUGUCACUUCUUAUGGAGCCAUAACUGUGGCCUUCGUCACCCUGGAGGCAUUUCCUGGCCUGUGGAUAAAUGCCUUCCUCAUUUGUGUUCGUUGCAUUGCCUGGGUGAAAAAGAAAACCCUGAACUCUAAUGAGAAGAUCUUGCUCCUGCUGGGAUGCUCCAGGUUUUGCUAUUUGUGCUUCUCAAGGGUAUAUUGCUCCCUUUCAAUAACUUAUCCCAAUUACCUUUAUGUUCAACCCACAUUCCAACUAAUUGUAUGUUUUCAAGCCUUUUUUAAUUGUUCCAAUUUGUGGGUCUCAGCCUCUCUUUGUGUUUUUUAUUGUAUAAAAAUUGCCAAUUUCAGGAACAGGUUCUUCAUCUACCUGAAACUAAAACCAGACAGGAUUGUGCCCUGCCUUUUGUUGACAUCAUUGCUUUCAGCCUUAGCUAUCGGCAUCAUCGCCUAUGACAUCGCUGUUACACAGCUCAGUAUCAACCGCAAUUCCACCAGGCAAGGAAAUUUUUCAAAAGUUAGAGGAAAAGUGGAUGUAAAAUUUUUUCCAGAUUAUUUUAUCUAUGGCUUUGGAAUUAUCACAUCUUUCACAGCAGUCCUCUUUUCUGCCCUUCUCCUUCUCUUUUCUCUCUGGAGACACAAAUGCAAGAUGCAGAAAAAUUCCAUGAACAGCCUCAGCAUGGAUGCCCAUAUCAAAGCCAUGAAAUCUAUUCACUCCUUUUUUAUGAUGUAUUAUAUUAACUUCAUAUUUUUGAUCCUGUCUCUAAUUAAUUCAACAAAGAAAGAAAAUUAUGUGGCAUUUCUUAGUUUACUAUUUCUGUAUGAUUUUCCAGGCGUUCAUUCUCUUAUUCUGAUUUUCAGAAAUCCUAAGCUGGAAAAGACACUGAUAAGGAUUCUAUCCUGUGUCAAGUGCAAGGAUUGCAUGAGGUAGGAACUGUAAUAAAAGCUGGAGCCUACGCAAAGUCUUUGUAUUUCACUACAAGACACAAAUC